UAUAUUUUGAGACACAUGGCCGAGAGGAAGACGACUCAAUGAUGAAAAUCUCCCAAAAAUUGUGUGAAAAAAAUCACAUCUUAGACUUGGUCGUUUGAUGAUUUUCAACAUUAGGCUUUUGGGGGGAUUUUUGAAUAGAUUGUGUGAUGAUUGUUAAUUCGCGAAUGACAUAAGAAACUGGAUUUAAAGUGGUGCGAUUGGGGGACUAUAUAAGGGGAGAUAGUGGUACACCCCAUCACCAGUUGUUGUGUUAAUCUUCAGCAAGGAACUCCUUGAGUAUCUCAGUCUCCCACAAAAAAACAAACAAACCCCACUGCCAUCAUGAAAGUUAUUCUUAUGUUCGCUGCCGUUGUGGCUGUUGCUCUUGCCGGACCCCUUGAACCAUCCAAAACCGCCACCAUCCUGCGCUACGAGAACGACAAUAUUGGCGUUGAUGGAUACAAAUAUGCGUAUGAGACCAGCGAUGGCCAGACUGCCUAUGCUCAGGGUGAACUGAAGAACUUCGGACCUGAGACGAAUGCUGUUGUCUCCCAGGGAUCCUUCAGCUUCGUCAGCGAUGAUGGAGUCACGUACACAAUCAACUGGGUCGCCGAUGAGAACGGUUACCGUGCCGAUGGUGCCCACGUCCCAACCCUCUAAGCGCCUUCCACCUAUAUAUUCCUCCUAAAUCCCCCAUCUGAAAAUCCACCCCUUCCCCCCCAACUGCCUCCCCCGUGUAAUAUAAUUUGUUUUUGUUAUUGUUUUUGGUCCCAGUAAAGAAAAAUUCCUCCACUGAUGAUGAUGUGUUCAUGCAGAAAGAAAAUGUGCCAUAUUCCGUUCUCAAAACGAACAUGAGCAAAGAAAAAUAUCACAAAAAUCAUCAAAACUCUCUGUAAUAUUAGACUUGUAAUAAAAGAGUUGGUUUGUUGACAAAAAAA